CAAUAUCAUUAAUGUCAGCACGAUCAUUGCAUGGCGCUUUAAGAGUUAUUGACAAUUCAGUACUAGUGUUAAAAUAUGUAAAAAUAUAAAAUUAUAUUGUAGUUUUAAAAAUUAUAUUCUUUAAAUAGAAAAUUAAUGUAAAAGGAAGAUUAUAUAUAAUAAGAUUAAUUAAAUGUUUAAUACAAAUAAAUAAUAAGAAAUUACUCUUGAAGAAUAUUUUAGGUUAAGUAUGGUGUCGAUAUCAUAAAUUAAUAUCUUGAAAAUAUUAGAAUGGAUAAUGUGAUAACUGCAGAAUGUUUGACACUUGAUUUUGGACCUUUUGAAACUGUACAUCGUUGGCAACGUAUGCCUGAAUGUGAUGAAUUUGUUGGUGCUAGACGUAGUAAGCAUACGGUUGUGGCAUACAAAGAUGCUAUUUAUGUAUUUGGUGGUGAUAAUGGCUCAAGAAUGUUAAAUGAUCUGUUGCGCUUUGAUGUAAAAGAAAAAUCAUGGGGUCGUGCAUUUGCAACAGGAACUCCACCAGCACCACGUUAUCAUCAUUCAGCAGUAGUACAUGAUGCUUCAAUGUUUGUAUUUGGUGGUUAUACUGGUGAUAUACACUCAAAUUCAAAUCUUACCAAUAAAAAUGAUCUUUUUGAAUAUCGUUUUUUAACUGGACAAUGGACAGAAUGGAAAUUUAUUGGGGUAACACCUGUUGCGAGAUCUGCACAUGGUGCUGCUGUAUAUGACAAUAAAUUGUGGAUUUUUGCUGGCUAUGAUGGAAAUGCAAGACUUAAUGACAUGUGGACAAUAUCUUUGUUGCCUGGUGAUACACGCAUUUGGGAGAAAGUAGCUCAGUCUGGCGAUUGCCCUCCAACUUGUUGUAACUUUCCUGUUGCUGUAGCUCGUGAAUCUAUGUUUGUAUUUAGUGGACAAAGUGGAGCCAAAAUUACCAACAGUCUUUUUCAAUUUCAUUUUAGAGAAAGACGUUGGACCCGUAUAUCAACAGAACACAUUCUUCGUGGUGCACCUCCACCACCUGCACGUAGAUAUGGUCACACAAUGGUAAGCUUUGACAGGCAUCUCUAUGUUUUCGGUGGAGCAGCUGAUUCAACUUUACCAAAUGAUCUUCACUGUUACGAUCUGGAUACACAAACUUGGAAUAUAGUACUACCAUCUACUGACAGUCAGGUACCAUCUGGUCGUCUUUUUCAUGCUGCAGCAGUGAUUGGAGAAGCCAUGUUUAUUUUUGGUGGUACAGUUGAUAACAAUGUACGUUCUGGAGAAACGUACAGGUUUCAAUUUUCUUCCUACCCUAAGUGCACUCUUCAUGAUGAUUUUGGAAGACUGUUAAAUGCUCGUUUAUUCUGUGAUGUAGAAUUUGUAGUAGGUGAAGGCGAUACAAAAAUACCAGCACACAUAGCUAUGGUUGCAGCUCGUUCUCAAUUUUUAAGAGCUCGCAUUAGGCAAGCGCAUGAAAAAAGAGAAAAACAUUUGGAAGAAGUUUUAGGUUCUGCAGAUGUACCAGUUAAAGAUUUACCUUUAUUAGAGGUAAAAUUAAAAGAUGCUGUUCCAGAAGCCUUUGAAAUGGUAUUAAAUUAUAUCUACACGGAUCGUAUUGAUCCUACAAAAAGAUUUGAGGAUACAUCAAAUAGUCGAUUUGAUGAUCCUUUAAGCAAUGGCAUCGUCCUUCUUAUGAUGGAUGUUUAUCGUCUUGCAGUUCAAUUUAAUAUGAAACGUUUAGAGCAAUUAUGUGUGCAUUAUCUAGAAGCAACUAUAAGUCAUGCAAACGUAUUGGAAGCCUUACACAAUGCUGCACAUUUAAAGUUAUACUUCAUUAAAGAAUUUUGUCUUAGUUUUAUAGUAAAGGAAAGCAAUUACAAUCAAAUCGUUAUGAGUCAAGAAUUUGAGACAUUGGAUCAACCAUUAAUGGUAGAAAUUAUUAGAAGACGACAAGUGCCACAAACGAGAAACUUUUCGAAACAAUACGAAUCUGGUACAGGAACAACUUUAGAGCAAGAUAUGGAGGCAUUUUUAAUAAGUAUUGGUAAAGAAUUCUGUGAUAUAAUUUUGAUGUUGGAUGGUGUGCCUAUACCAGCACACAAAGCUGUUCUCGCAGCACGAUGCAGUUAUUUUGAAGGCAUGUUUCGCUCUUUCAUGCCUGAAAAUAAUAUAGUUAAUAUACAAAUUGGCGAGAUGAUUCCAUCAGCAGAAUCAUUUGCUUCUUUAAUGAGAUACAUCUAUUAUGCAGAUGUUUCAAUGCCCCCUGAAGAUUCUUUGUAUUUAUUUACAGCUCCAGUUUUUUAUGGUUUUACAAAUAAUCGGUUACAAGCAUUUUGCAAACAAAAUCUUGAAAUGAAUGUUACUUUUGAAAAUGUUAUACAAAUUUUAGAAGCUGCAGAUAGAAUGCAAGCUAGUGACAUUAAAAAGUAUGCAUUAAAUCUUAUAGUACAUCAUUUCAGUAAGGUUGCAAGACUACCAAGAUUGAAGCAAUUGAGCAGAGAAUUAUUGCUGGAUAUAUUAGAAGCAUUAGCAGAUAAGCAUAGUGAAGCAAGAACAUGUCAAGAUAUGACAAAUGAUUGCUGAUAAAUGAUUCUAAUUAACACAUUUUAUAUAUAAUAUAUAUAAAGAUUAUAUGUUAGUAUUGUAUUGUAUCAAAUUGUACUGCUGUUCAUAAUUGACAAAGAUUGCACUCAAAGAUAACUGUGUACAAGUAAUUUUAUCCAUUUAAAGAAUCAUCAUAUAAUUCAACAACACAUUUUUAUAUAUCUGUAUAAUUAUAUGUUUAUGUCAUUAUAGGAUAAUGUAUAAAUUUAUAAUAAUUUAUUAAUUUUUGAAUAUUAUAAAAUUAUUUACAAAUGAUGUUCUCAUAUCAAAUCAUUAUAUUUCUAAAAUAUCAGUUAUUAUGAUAUUUAUGAUAAAAUAUUGUAUAAGGUUAACAUGAUAGCGUCUAAAAGACAGGCACAACAUCUUCGGAUCCCCUGGUGCUACUCUUUUCUUCUAGAUUUAAUAUUACAGAACCCUAUAUUAUGUGUCAAAUAUCAAAUAUUACAUGUAAAAAUGCUCAAUACAUUUAAUUACUAAAAUAAAUCUGUAUGAUUAAUAUA